AUGGCUGAAAAAAAUGCUCUAACUUCAGAGGAUGGAGAAUCCCAGUAUAAAUUACCCCCUCCUUUGAAGGAUACAGAGGCGAUAAGCAAUUUAGGGAUUGAUCCUAAGGACCUAAAAAAAGAGGACGGGGAAGUCAAAGGUAUGAGUGAGGAAGAGCUGAUCAAAUCUCUAAAAGCUAUGGGGAACUAUAUUAUUAUCCCUAAGCAACGGGAUGGCUCUCGUACUUCCCCCGCUGUUGCUCCUAAACCUAGGGUGAGUAUACUCUCACCAGUGGAGGAGGACGCCUAUACUAGGCCGAGAACUAGCUCAAUCGCGGCAGGCGAUCAUAGUUUCUCGGAGGCCAGUUUUUACUCAAGGCCUCAACAAACCCCUAAACCACCUCUGUUUUCAGGUGAGAACCCUCCUUUGAAAGGGGAUGUCCUGUACUCUGAUUGGAGGUAUGAGAUUCGUUGUCUCAUGUCAGACCAGGAAUUAUCCCAGAGUACGGUGGUUCAGGCAAUACGCCGCUCAUUGCGGGGUGUUGCCAGAAGGACAUUGGUUCAUUUGGGAGAGAAGGCCACUCCACAGGAGAUUUUAACCAAGCUAGACGCUCUAUUUGGAGAUAUAGCUACACAUGGCAUGAUUAUGCAAGAAUUUUUUAACUCCAAACAAAAACCUGAUGAGCCAGCUACCAAUUUUGGUUGUAGAUUAGAGCAAGUAUUGCAAAUCGCGAUUGAGAAUGGGUCAUUACCAAAAUCCGCCAAAAAUGAUCUUCUUAGGCAUAAGUUUUGGACAUCACUACACUCUGAUAAAUUAAAGAGUCAAACUCGUCACAAGUAUGAUACCCUGACUGAUUACGAUUCACUCUUACGAGAGAUCAGGACAGUGGAGAGCGAGUUGGAAUUGGCCAACAACACUACUCAAAAGAAAAAAGGUCAGCACCAAGCAGUUUCAGUCGAGGUUGAUCAACUGAGCGUAGGUGACAUCUCGAAAGACUUUGACAAAAAGUUGAAACUAUUGGAGGAGAAGGCCAACCAGAGGCUGGUGAACAAUCAAAUGGCCAAGCGGAUGUGUUGGAUAGGCUAUUAG